AUGGCUUCUAACGCUCCUGGUGCUUGUUGUUUAGAACGUACUUUCCAUGUGAAUACUUAUGUUACUGGUGAAAAAAGUGAUAAAGUUAUUGUCAUUUUAACUGAUGUUUAUGGUAAUAAAUUUAACAAUGUUUUAUUAAUUGCUGAUGAAUUAUCCAAGAAUGGUUAUUAUGUUUUAAUCCCAGAUAUUUUAAAAGGUGAUGUUUGUACACCAGAAACUGAUAUUGUAGGUACUUGGUUACCAAAACAUUCUUCAGAAAUUACAAGACCAAUUGUUGAAUCAUUUAUUAAUGAAUUAACAAAAGAUAUUGAUACAAAAUUCUUAGGUUUAAUUGGUUAUUGUUAUGGUGCAAAAUAUGUUGUUCAACAAUUAACAAACUCAACAAAAGUUACAGCAGGUGCAAUUGCUCAUCCAUCAUUUGUUUCAAUUGAUGAAGUUUCUCAAAUUACUAAACCAAUUUUAAUUUCUGCUGCAGAAGUUGAUUCUAUCUUUACAGAUGAUUUAAGAAGAGAAACUGAAUUAAAAUUAAGAGAAAUUAAAGCUCGUUAUCAAAUUGAUUUCUUUGGUGGUGUUUCUCAUGGUUAUUCUGUUAGAGGUGAUAUUAGUAAUGAAGUUGUUAAAUAUGCUAAAGAAAAAACUUUAUAUGAUCAAUUAUAUUGGUUUAACACUUUUGCUGGUAAAUAA